CACGCAUAAUACAGAUCUACCACCUCUACGGAAGGAGAGACGGCUGCAGUCAGCAAGCCAGGCCUCGGAUUCCAAAAAAGUCAUGAUAUUGACAUUUCUCUCUCUAUAUACUGUUCGUCUGUCCAAGUGAACCAACUAUACCCCUCAUCCUAAAUGACCAAACCCUCACAGAAUAUUUUGCAGUUUGGCGAAAUUUGUCCUAGAACCAGAAUCACCGUCAUUUACAAGUCCCUUCGUCCUGACGGGAAGACAUAUUCUCACCCUACCCACCACACCCUUACUUUCCUUCCUCCAUCCUUCCGGAGGCACCUUGUUCAUCCUCCCUCUGUCCAUUGUCAAUGUACAUGCAUACCAAACAGAUAUGCACAGCACCCCACCACCCUCUCUCCUCCCACCCAUGGCAUCUUUGCAACCACCCUUCCAUGCUCGCGAUAUCCUCCCGAGUCCCGCCUGUACUUGCCUCUCAUCCACUGCUUCCGAGUACCUCAUUCAUCAACUACCUUACUUCGAUCCACAAUCUAUUCUAUCCUCCCCUCCUUAGUUCCCCGGCAUGCGGGCUGCCGAUAUCCCGGUACCCAUCCUCUGCGUCCAACCAAGCUUGACUCUUCCCGCCUUUAUGAAACUGAUUUCAUCCGCCAUCAUAAUUUGUCCGCGGAGAAAAAAAACAUGAAAAAAAAAUCAACCCGGCAGAAACGAGACACCAAAAGCAAGACUCGAUGGAACCGCGGGACACAGGGGAGAAGAAGAGGAAAAAUAAAACCCUGGACCCGUGGGGCGUGAAGCGGGAUGGCACCCCUUCUGCCGGCCGAUGUCGAUAUCUGAGACGGGGGGGGGCCAACAACAACACCGCCGCGGCCAAUGGAUAGCUUGACGUUUCCCACCGCGCGCACGGCAUGUCAUCGGACGGUCGGCGACACUCCGAAAGAACCCUUUCCCCCCCACCACCCCC